AUUGAUGCAACUUCAUGUCAGUGGCGGAGAAGACGGCAGGUUGUUGGUCGGUGGAAAAUGGCGAGGCUGCGCGAAUUGCACGAUACGAAGGAUGAUUGUCGUGUUGAUUGAUGGUCGCAUUUUGAGCCAAGGUGGAAAAAUGAAAUAUACGUAGAAAAAAGGAUGAUGCCAACAGAUUCAUCGUUCUGUUCAGUUCGAUUCACGUUGCGACAAAGCAUCACGAGCGCGACUGUCAUACUGAGAGAAGAAGAGAGAGAGGGAAAGAGACAGAGAGCGCUCGCGAAGGACCAAAAAGAAAAGUGAUCUCGCGCGACGGUCGGUGGUUCGGUGGUUGCAAAACGUCACGCAGCAAUCCGCGUUACGAUCAUUAGCGAUCCGUUCGUUCGUUCGUCCGUUCGCACGCUCGUACGCCUCGCAAGUGACGGCGAAUCCAAGUGGAGUCUUCGACGCACGAUGAAGACGACAAUAACGCGCAGAUAACAUGAUGAAGCAUCGCCGAAUCAUCAUCAUCGCUCGUUGAUUUUCGUACAACGGGACGUUCCGAGGCCGCUCAAGUGUAUAUAUGUGUUCCCCGCGUUGACCCUUGAACGAUUGGCUCGCUCGAGGUUAUAAGCAGUUAUGCGCCUGACGUUCGGCCCGCCGACGAAUGUUGACCGAGGUGGAUUGCUGCUAGCCACAGACUCUGGCAGCUCGGCCGAAUGGACGGUGCACCGAUUGACGAGUUGGCAGAGUGACGAUCCGAAGUCAGAAAUGCGCACUCCUCGGCAUUAACGUCGACGUCUCGUGAUCGGGAUCUGUUUAACUGGCUGUGAAAGGCGCAACAUAACUGUAUCGAGUCCAAAGAGUUGAGUAGUGAGUAUAUAGAUACAUAUAUAUAUAUAUAUAUAUAUAUAUAUUCAAAAUACUGGUCAAAAUGGAUCAAGAAACUGUAUACGGCACGCACGAGGAUAGCCAUGUUGUCAUGUCGGAGAAGGUGCAGUCUCUGGCAGGCAGCAUCUAUCAAGAGUUCGAAAAGAUGAUAGCGAGAUACGACGAGGAUGUAGUGAAAGACUUAAUGCCUCUGCUAGUCAAUGUGUUAGAAUGCUUGGAUAUAUCCUAUACCGAGAAUCAAGAACGCGAGGUCGAGCUAGAGCUGCUGAGAGAGGACAAUGAACAGCUUGUCACGCAGUAUGAAAGAGAAAAACAAUUAAGAAAAGCAUCAGAUCAGAAACUCCUUGAGCUGGAAGAUGUUUCGGAGGAUGAGAGAAAGGAGCUCAUGUCGAAAAUCGACAGUUUAGAAUCUAUCGUAAGAAUGCUGGAACUGAAGACAAAGAACUCACACGAUCACGUUGGCCGGCUCGAAGAGAAAGAAGCCGAACUGAAACGCGAGUAUUCUCGUCUGCACGAUAGAUAUACGGAAUUAUUUAAGACCCAUGUCGAUUACAUGGAGAGAACCAAAAUGCUGGUCGGCAGCACAGAAAGAUUGGAGAGUGUAUCUGCCAGCAGAGCACCAUCCAGAUUACCAUCCCUUGGACUUGCUCACAUGUCGCGUAGCUCCGGGCCAUUGAGCUACGGCUUCCAGAGCUUGGAAGCUAGUAUAAACGCCGAAGAUGUUCAGGAGGAUAUCGUACCAAAUGCCGCUAACUUAAGGACCGAAAUGUUGGACAGCAGUAGCGAAGCUGCUAUUGAGACAUCCGACAAAAGCCAACUGACUGAUCAACCAAUGCAGGAGAACAAGACUACAGCUAUAUCUAGACAUGAAAGUCCAGAAACGGAAGUACCGCCGUCUUUAAUGACACCAACAACGCCGACCGUAGGCAUAGAAAAAUUAGCCACUACUCCAAGCGGUAGAAGCAGAACUGAAAGAGAACAACGAAGCGGCAACACAUUGUAUCAAGAACUAAGUUUCCAAGAUGCCGAUGCCUUGGGCGAGAUGGACGAGGGCGCAGAUAUUACUGGAAGCCUGGUGCAUCCUGGAGAAUACGCUUCAUCAGUCAAUGACAACUUUUUCGGUAUGGGGAAGGAGGUAGAAAAUCUUAUCAUGGAGAAUAACGAGCUACUUGCCACAAAAAAUGCGCUCAAUGUCGUGAAGGACGAUUUGAUAGUCAAAGUGGAUGAAUUAACCAGUGAACAAGAGAUACUACGCGAGGAGGUGCGCGGUCUGCAACAGGCGCGAGAACGAUUGCGACAGCGAGUCGCCGCUCUCGAGGAAGAAUUGAAGAAAGUUAAGGAGGAAGCGGAGGCGGCGGCUAAAGCAACAAAGAGCGACGACGAAGAGGAUGUGCCUCUCUCUCAGAGGAAGCGAUUCACGCGGGUGGAGAUGGCAAGAGUACUCAUGGAACGAAAUCAGUAUAAAGAACGCUUCAUGGAGCUCCAGGAGGCUGUCAGGUGGACGGAGAUGAUAAGAGCCAGCAAGACCGAUCCUUCCAGCAUCUCCGGGGGGAAAGGUUCAGUCUGGAAGUUUUUUAGUAAUCUCUUCACAGGCCCGGCCGAUCGGGGAACACUGGUGCGCUCCGCACAUACGUUACCCCAUGUACGAUACAGCGCACCGGCGAAUCAGGUCGUUCCGGCGCCGCCUCUGGAUGCCAUGCGUAGACGUACGUUGAAAAGUCGCCAAGACUUUCUCGACCAAGGAGACACCAUAGAUACCUGGUUUUUCUGGCUUCGGGUGGGGUGCUUAUUGGUCAGCAGAUCGUCCGAGAAACUCGUAGCAAGACGCGCGAACGAACGAAGGGAACAGUAUCGCCAGGUGCGGGCGCACGUCAAGAAGGAGGACGGUCGUCUGCAGGCUUACGGAUGGAGUUUACCGGGAAAACCGAGCGCCCCUGUCAGACAACCCCCCGUCCCGGUACCAGUGUACUGUCGACCGCUACAGGAAACCGAGCCGGGCAUGAAGAUUUGGUGCGGCGCCGGUGUAAAUCUGAGUGGCGGUAAGACGCGCGAUGGCGGUUGCAUGAUAGGCGGCAGCGUGUUCUACGCCGCCGAGGCCCGAGAGACCAGCAACAACGGAGCAAAGGCGGACGGCGUCGAGGACGCCGUCGAGCAUCUGGACAAGGAGCUGCAGGAGAGCGAGAACCGGCGUCUCGAGGCGGAGCAGUGGGAGCAACAGCUCAGCUCGCUCGUUUGGAUCUGUACAUCGACGCAGAAGAUGUCGAAGGUCACUGUGAUAGACGCGAACAAUCCAGCGGACGUUCUGGAGGUGUUCAAUGUCUGCCAGGGACACCUGCUUUGCAUCGCCAGUGUGCCUGGCGCUAAGGAGAGCGACUAUGCGCAGUCUUCGAACGAGAACUCGAUUCGCAACUCGACGAACGGCGCGAACGACAACGAUAACAACAACAGUGUCUGCGAGGACGCCGCGAAUGCAAAUGAGAACGCGGAGCAGAACGAUCAGAAGAACCAUCAAGACGUCGAAGCAGCUGUUGACAAAAGCAAGAACGAGUCCGACAAUCAGUCGGAAGACCAAGCAAACGAGAAUACCGAGAAGACCGUUGAGACAGAUCAGAACUCCACGAAUGAGCCCCAGAGCUUAGAGAGUGUAGAUAGCGAAACCGCGAAUUUAGGCAAGGUACACUUCGUGCGCUGUAACGGAGAAACGAAUUCUUCGCGAUUGAACGACAAGGACAUGGUGAACGAAGACGCGAAGGAGGAAGUCGCCGAAGAAACUCCUAACGAGAAGAUGUCCUCCAUACAACCAACUAUGUGGCUCGGAGCUCAAAACGGUGCGGUCUUUGUACAUUCGGCUGUCGCCAAGUGGUCAGUCUGCUUGCACUCCGUGAAGCUGAGAGAUGCAGCUUUAGCUAUUGUGCAUGUGCAAGGCCGAGUGCUGAUCGCUUUGGCGGACGGAACCGUGACGAUAUUCCGUAGAGGCGCGGACGGACAGUGGGACUUGUCUCAGUAUCACGUGAUUACACUAGGCAGCCCUCAACAUUCCAUCAGAUGCAUGACCGCGGUUAGCGGGAAGACCGUGUGGUGCGGAUACAGAAAUAAGAUUCACGUGAUCGAUCCUGUCUCGAUGACACUCGAGUGCACGGUGGAUGCACAUCCUCGCAGGGAGUCUCAAGUGCGACAACUGGCGUGGCUCGGUGACGGCGUGUGGGUCAGCAUCAGGCUUGAUUCAACGUUGAGGCUCUAUCAUGCUCACACUUAUCAACAUCUCCAGGACGUCGAUAUAGAACCAUACGUCAGCAAGAUGCUCGGCACGGGAAAACUCGGUUUUUCCUUCGUGCGCAUUACUGCUUUGCUCAUCUCCUCGAACAGACUGUGGAUCGGUACUGGUAACGGAGUGAUAAUCUCGGUACCGCUGUCGGAGAGUGCGAGCGGUUCAUUGACGGUGUCUAGAGUACAGACGGGCGGCGGGAAAGGCGAUGCGCCAGGAGUUGGGAUCAGGGUGUUCGCGUCGGAUCGAAGUGUCACACCGGGAACUUUCAUACCUUAUUGUAGCAUGGCCCAUGCGCAGCUCAGUUUUCAUGGACACAGAGACGCCGUAAAAAUGUUCGUCGCUGUACCCGGUCAAGGUGGUCACAGCGCAGUGACAGAUGGAACGCAGCCUGCAAUGCUCGUCCUCUCGGGCGGUGAGGGUUACAUCGAUUUCAGAGUUGGUGAUGGCGAGGAGACGGAGGAGGGCAUGGACCGAGCGAAUUCCACGGUCAGCAACGUAGAGGAGCACGGCGAGCAGAGUCAUCUGAUCGUGUGGCAAGUACAGUGUCCUUUACCGAUGCCAACGAAUGGCUAGCCUACGGGGGAAGCGGAAACGCGUGAAUCGCUGGAUGACUCGGCUUGCAGCGCGUCGUCGAUGGAUCGAGUCGUGAAUCGUCAGAUCGCGGAUCGUGGAUCGUUGAUCCAAUCCAAUCGAGUGGUCCUCGUCUCUGCGAACUAAAAUGUGCUACUACGUCUACUAGAUACUACUUACAUUACGAUUGUAGCGGAGAGUAAUAAUUCUCAAAGUAAUCAGGUCUCGAAUUUCCGUAUUAGCUGAAUCGGGGUCACGACGACGUCGAGUCGUUUCCUUCUCCCGAGUUACGAACCGGUUAAUCGCCACGUUCUCUUCCGUGGCGUGGGCGACUUUGCCGCAACGAUUCUCGUCUGCGCGCGGAUUAAGGGGAUCCUGGAGUCGUAUUACCGAUGGAUAGCAUAUUAGGCAAGCUACAAGUUUGUAAUAAAAUUGUAAGUUUCGAAAUUUUUUCUGCUUUUUGAACAUAAAGUCCAGGUUAUUGACACGCAUUUUUGUAUAUUGUAAUUGUGGAAAAGGAUUUAUUAUUUUAUGCAACCAAAAAAAGUUUGAUUGGAAUAAAGUUCAGUGGUAAAACAGACGACUCGAGGAUCACCUUAAGGCCAGGGAGUUUAUAAGUUCUAUCGACGCGACCAGAAUCUCUCAAUCCAGGGCUGCUAAUCAUUUCUCGCUUCUUACGUUGAGUCGCGUCCCUUAACUUGAGCUUGAGCUUACGGAUGCAGUGCGACUUUCAGGACCGGAUUCUUUGAGCGGUGAGUGCAGGGAGGAUCUCAGUUUAUGCGAUCAGCGUUUUUAGCUUUGAGAAUCAUGUUCCAUGAAGGAAGGAAGAGGAGGGCAGCAUUAUUUCCGCUGAUCAUUGUGAUAACAAUACUGUAACGCGACGACGAUAUAUACUGUAACACAGGACGAUAAUUUUCGAAGCUGCCGUGAUAUUUGCUACUUCGCUGCGAUGGACGCUCGUUCGUUUGAAAUACUUCGCGUAUGUACCUGGUAUCACUAUCUUGCAAUCACCGCCAAUCGUUGUACCACGUGGUGGAUGUAAUGAGGUGCGUGCAAACUCAGGCAGAUUUCUCUAGGCGUAACGUAACGUUGAUUUCCCGUUGGAAAUUGUAUUAUUUUCCUGACCUAAUCGAUUUUAUCCGCGUACAUCGUGCCGAGCAUAAUGAUAAAAAAAUAAUAGAGUAUAUAUAAUAUACAUACAUCAUUCUCUUCUCUUAAUCGGAUGUCGUUAGAUCGUCAGCGAAAGCGACGUAGCAUUUUCCUGCGGUCCAACGAUUACUAGGAACGACGGGCCAAUGGUGUAAAUAACAAUAAGAUAUAUAUUAUAUAUAUUUAAAGCGUUUAUAUAGCGCUCUGUGUAGACCCGUCUAUUACUUUCUAUUAAUUUCUCCUCGUGACAAAAAAGGAUAAAACGGAGCGGAGUAGUUUUACAAGCGUGUCCUCCGUUCCUGUCACUGUACAACUCCACCUUUCGUGCACUACCAAAGAAGUGGACCGAUCAUGCGAUCCUGCUGUUUGUAAUAAUCUACAACGAGUACUGUGCUUCGAAGAGAGGAAGCUUUGCUUCUUUCUUUUGGCAUGCUCUGACCGAGCCGACCGAUAAAUUUCGGACAAACGAAAUUUUUGUAAAUCCCCCCUCCCCCUCCCCAUCUCCAGUCACAAAAAAAAGCGUCAACGCUGUCGGACGAUGAUUAUUUAAACACGCGCGAUAAAAGGGAGCUUUUUUUUAUCGUGCGAGCUGGCUUUCGAUGUCGAGCACGGAAUCUUUGUACCUGGCUCAGGUGGCGUUGUAACGGCAUUAAUAAACGAAGUUGCGGAAGUGAACUGCUGAACACGUCUCGGCGGUCAAAAGUACCCCCCCGUCCUCUUUGUCGUCGCGCCGUAAAAUCGAGUGCAUAUGCAAGAACGGUCCUAACUUCAUCUACCUGAAGUGAGAAAGAAGAGUAUCUUAACGUUCGAUCUAUCUUUUUUCAAGAUUUAGAUUAUAAAAAAAAUAUCCAAUUCCAAUCUAACGCGCUCGAGUGCGUGGGUAUAUGUGUAUGUGUUCGUUUCCACGGUAACUUCAAAAGGUUCCCGAACCGCACCGCAUACGUAUAUAUCGAUAUAUUUCUACGACGUAGCGAUCGAUCAAUGCACUUGAACUAUUUUCACACGCAGCUAAGUGCUGUGUGAAGUUCGGCGAAGGACGUAAAGUUCUGUUUCUGUUGAACGAAGUGUAACUUGAUAAUUUGUAAUUUGUCAAGCUGCUUAUCGCUUGGAUGGAUGCUUGAAUUCGCGGAUAAAUGGUUAUCUUGAACGAAAUGGUAGUGGUGUUCCUAUGAUAAUAAUUUGAACAGCAUCAGACUUCGGAGAAAAAAUCUAGGUAUAUCGUAAUGUACAUUUAUCGUGUAUAGAUCUACAUCUUUGUAUGUCGUUUAACCUGUGAUUAUACUACGUUUGACAUUUCAUACACGUGCUUUAUAUCAUUUUUAGUGAAAUUUAUUGAAUGUUGAAUUAUUUGCAUGGUGCACCUUGUAAAUGAUGAUAACGUAAAUAAUUUAUAUUACAACUCUCUCUCUUUCUCUAUAUAUUUAUUAUAUGUUAUGCGUUAUAAGUAGCUCCUGUGUUGUAAAUACGAAAAUAAAUUAUUUAUUAAGUUA